CAUCGGCGGACGAGGAUAAAAAAGGGGGAUCUGCCCGCUCCGUCACGGGUGAUCGACGACCAUUGACUUUGACAACCUCGACAACAAGCCCUCACAGCCCGGUCAACUUCCCCGCGGUGUCAAGCCAACCGUCCCCCAGGCCACAAUGAAGCUUCAGCAGCGCAGCGUCCUCGCCGCUGCCCUGGCACUCGCCGGGGCACCGAGCGUCGAUGCCGUCCUCCGGUUCUCGUGCUCCGAGCUCGUCACCGAGCGCCUGGAUCCCCUAGUCUUCCCCGGCGCCGCCCAGUCCCCCCAUCUCCACCAAAUCGUCGGCGGCAACAUGUUCAACGUCACGAUGGACCCCGAGCGCUACAACAUCGGCGAGGAAGCCUCAUGCACGACGUGCACCUUCUCGGAGGACUUCUCCAACUACUGGACCGCCACGCUCUUCUUCCGCGCGCGCAACGGCAGCUACAUCCGCGUGCCGCAGCGGCCCAACAUCGACUUCGACAACGCGCGCGGCGGCGGCAUGACAGUCUACUACACAGCCUCCUACCAAGGCGCCAAGGUGACCGCCUUCCAGCCCGGCUUCCGCAUGAUUGUCGGCAGCCCGAUGUACCGCACCUCGGCGGAGGCGGCCAAGUUCCGCCAGCUGACCUUCACCUGCCUCGAGACCAUGUACACGCGGACGGGGGAGACGACCUCGAUGCCGACGCAGCCGUGCAAGGAGGGCAUCAUGGCCAACGUGCGCUUCCCGACCUGCUGGGACGGCGCCAACCUCGACACGCCCAACCACUCGGACCACGUCGCCUACCCGUCCAGCGGCACCUUCGAGAGCGGCGGGCCCUGCCCGGCGUCCCACCCCGUGCCGAUCCCGCAGCUGUUCUACGAGGUGAUUUGGGAUACGCGGCAGUUUAAUGAUCGGUCGCUGUGGCCCGAGGACGGCAGCCAGCCGUUUGUGUGGUCGUAUGGUGAUUAUACCGGCUACGGGACGCAUGGGGAUUACGUGUUUGGGUGGAAGGGCGAUUCGCUGCAGCGCGCGAUGGAUGAUAACUGUGAUGUGGUCUGCCCGACGCUCAAGACGCAGAGUAUUGGGACUGGUAACCAGUGCACGCAGGACAAGAAGGUUGCGGAGCAGAUCGAUGGGUGGCUGGAGAGUUUGCCGGGCGAUGUUGAGGUUACUGGGCCGCAGCCGGGUGCUGGGAGUGGCGGAAACCCUGGCAACGGCGGUGGUAGUAACCCUGGCGACGGCGGCGGCAACAACGGCGGCGGCUCAUGCCAGGUCUCUAAGUGGGGUCAGUGUGGCGGCCAAGGCUGGAGCGGGUGCACUUCCUGUGCGUCAGGCUCGACUUGCCGGGCUCAGAAUAACUACUACUCUCAGUGCCUGUAGGUAGUCAACGGAGCCAAGGGCGAUGUUUGUAGCGCCGAAACGCCUCGGACUGGGGACCUUGUUGGCGAGGGUUUCUUUCUGGUGUAAAUAGCAUUGGUAUCCAACCGGCGGGGUUGAUGGUCAAGUAAAUAUAUUUUCGAGCCCAGCCAU